UCCUCCAAGCUGCUCAGUCAGUGGAAAUUAGUCAAAAUAUUGUCCGUAUAUUGUUCAUGUGAUACCGUGACUAAGUUAAAUACCUCCAUUGUUCACUUAUCCACAUUUGUAAUGCCCGUCUGCCUGCACUCACGCGCUCCUGUCCGGUUAAACAUGGUGAACGCGGAUGAAAUCGCCAAGUUGUGCUACGAGCGUUUCAGCCAGCUGCCCCGGAGAGGGAAGCCUGAGCCGGGCAGAGAGUGGACCCUGCUGGCCGCUGUGGUCAAAGUCACCCGGUGUGCUAACUCUGACACAGUUGACAAGGAGGUUGUUUCCUUGGGAACUGGGACUAAAUGUAUUGGACAGACAGCUAUGCGUCCCAAUGGUGAUAUACUUAAUGACAGCCAUGCAGAAAUCAUUGCUAGAAGGGGGUGUGUCAGGUACCUGAUCCAGGAGCUGCACAGAGCCGUUACUGGCAGGGACAGCUCUGUGUUUUGUCGGGCAGAUCAGCGGGGGAAGUGGAAGCUUCAGUCAGGAGUUUCCUUCCUCUUCUUUACCAGUCACACUCCCUGUGGUGACGCCGCCAUCAUCCCCAUGACUGACAGCCAGUCUCCGUCCUGCCCGCCCGUCACAUCUGUAAGGGGCCAAGAAGGGACUGAUGGAAGAGGAGAUCUGAAAAGGAAAGCUGUGGAACCAAGUGAAGGGAAAAACGUCAAACGGCCCUGUCUAGAGGAACAGGAGACAGCGCAGACAAAGCCAGAGGACACAGGAGACACAAAACAAACUUUCCUUUCAGAUUCAUCUAAAAGUGAAAAUCCAUCGCAGAGUCACUCUGCACAAACACGUGUGGAAACUGCCUCACAAGAUUCAGGACAGCUGGAGACAAAAGCCAGAGACCCCUCUGACGAUGCUAGACUGCAAUCACAUGUCCUUGACAUUCACAGGACGGGGGCCAAGUGUGUCUCCGGUGGGCCGGCCGACCCUCUGCACCCUGGGGCGGGGUACCACAGCACAGGGCUUCUCCGAGUGAAGCCUGGGAGAGGAGAGCCGACUCUGUCCCUCUCGUGCAGUGACAAAAUGGCCCGCUGGGGGGUGCUCGGCUUUCAGGGCGCACUGCUGUCCCACUACCUUCAGGAGGCGCUCUACUUCAGCACCGUGGUUGUGGGGAAGUGUCCGUACAGCCAAGAAGCGAUGCAGAGAGCUUUGGUUACAAGGUGCUCCCAUCUAUUGGACCUCCCUGCAGGUUUCUCUGUGUGUCCACCUGAGCUGCUCCAGUCCAGCCUGGAGUUCCCCUUCAGCCAGGCCCAGACGGAGCUCCGACACCAGGCCCAACAGGGACGUAUCUCUCCAUGCGGAGCAGCCAUCAGCUGGUGUAAUGUGACCGAGCAGCCACUAGAUGUCACUGCCAACGGUUACAAACAUGGAGUCACCAAGAAGGCCUGUGGCACCGCUAAAGCCAGGUCUCUUCUAUGUAAACUGGAGCUUUUCCACUCAUUCCUGUCUCUGGUAGCAGCCACCGACCCCUCAGCACUUCCCGACUCCCUCAGCAGAGCCGAGCUGCAGACCUACUGGGACUACAAGCAGGCAUCCCAGUUGUAUCAGCAGGCCUGGCAGCAGCUCCGCAGCCAGGCCUUCCCCUUGUGGCCACGCAGUGACAGAGAUCUCCUGCUCUUCCACUGAAGGCCCACUCUCCCAAAACCCCACUCUGCAGCUGAAGUGUCCUCGUCAUGGUCCAACUUGCCUGUUGGGUCAGCUGGUCAGCGACGUUUGAGGUCUGGAUAAGUAUUGUUUGGCUAUAUCUGACUCUGCGUAGCCCAGGAUGUUACUGCUCGCAACAGCAGGACACCCCGCUCUGUCAUGCUGUUCUCAGAGGUUGAUGACCGCAGCUCGGUGUCCUCAAAUGAUGGCUUUAUUUUCACAAUGUGUGUGUCUGCGUGACGUGUUGUGACUGCAGCUGGCCGGUGUUCAUGUUCUGAAAACACAGCUGGACGUACCUGUCUGCAAAUGGAAAAAGUUCUAGGACCGAAGUGCUCUGGUCAGGUGGACUGAAGACAAACCGAGCACGGUAAUGAUUGUACAUGUGUCAUGUACACGUAUUCAGUUUGUGAUGGCCUGUAAACCUGACCAGGGUGUUUCCAGUGCAUGUUGGGAUAGAUUUCAGUCCUCUGGGACACUCAUAAAGUCAAAGAAUAAGAACCUGAAGCUGCAUAUUUCUGCACAACAGUUAGGUCCUUCACGAAGACCAGAAACCAAAUCAAUGCAGGGUUGAGGAUCUGCUUUGUUAUUGCUUUAGCUCAGCAGAUUCCACUGACAAGUAACGACCCAAUUCAUCUCGGCUAACACUGCACAGCAUGCUGCCAGUUAUGACCAGGAAGCUUUCAUUGUGUAUUUAAUGUCAUUCUCCUUCCCCUGCAGCAGAGAGCCUCAGAGAUUUACUGCUCUUGUUUUUUUAAAUUGCUUCUUAAAGUGUCAGAUUAAGAUUCAAUUUAUUUAAACAGCUUGCUGCUGUAAAAAAAAUAUUUACUGCAAAUAUCUGGUGAUGCUCAAGAAAAUAACCCAGGUAUGUCUUUUUAUUUCAAUGUUUUUCACCUUAAGUUUGAGGUUUAAUUUCUUUAUAUAACUCUUCUCCUCCUCCUCCUCCUCUUCGCUCUCUCUUUAGACACAGCUGUGUGAAAGCAUGGGAUGCACAUUUUACCACUCAUUAUAAUCACAUAAUUUAUAUUACAUUCAAUAUACAAUUAGCCACAACUGCUUAUUCAGCUAAGGGUUGGGGGGGCUGGAGCCUAUUCCAGCUGACAUUGGGCGAGAGGCGGGGUACAUCUACGGCCAAUUUAUGUCUUUGGAUUGUGUGAGCCAGAGAAUGUUAUCGUUUAAAGUGCAUAUGGGCAGACCUGUAUUGUAAACGAUAUACAAUUUAUAUUGUUCACAAUACAUUCUUAGUGUAUUUUCCUGCCAGAUUCGCUUGUGUCUUGUGUGGCCAUGUCACUGCACUAGUGGUCAAACACUGUACAAGGUUUCUUUCAAUCUGAACAAAUAUGAAGUAAAAAGUCUUUUGAAAUAUGAACUAUAUUACUUUUAAUAACACAGAAACACUUUGAUCCAUUUUACAUUCACUUUUAUUGGUCAGGUCUUCCAGCUACCUUACCUUUUUCAGAUAUCUAAAAUCCCUUUAUGUCUUUAAGAUAUAUUUAACAAACAUACAACACUGAUGAAAUAAAACAGUACUGAAUAUCAUAGCAUCCCAUCAAUAUAUUACACAUCUACAUACCAUGUUUAAAGCCUUAAUCAGCUUUGUGGUGCACAAAUAUGUAUACUCUGAUGGAUCAAAUAAAAGGUGGAAAUACACUGCAGUCUGAUUCAGCACCAAAAACCACAGAUGCAGCCAAAAUGUCAGCUUUUCAGGGGCGUCAGAGUGAAGAGGAGAAAGAUCACAAGCGGUUCUGAUUUUAUACCUCUGACACCCGCGCAGCUAAAGAACUGAGCAACACUUUACUUGAAGUAUUUAAAAAAUGAAUUAUAGUGCUGUGUAUUCUUCCUGUGGUCGUUACAAUCACAGGGUUCAUCAAAUAUGUGUAUUUAAUCAUUAACAAGUGUUUAGCAACAAGUGUUUAGCACUCUUCGCACUAAAAAUACACUUUCAGUGAUUUUAUCAACUGUUUCCUUGUGUAUAUUAAUCAUUAGAGUAUAAUGGGCAAGGAGAGGCUCAAACACUGCGUGUCUAUGUGUUAUCCCAGGAAAAGAUGGAAAAAUACUGAGACAUAAAAAAUGUUCCUGAUGUUAUCUUGUAGCUGUUUGUGUGCUAAUGGCUCACAGUGUAAUAGCAGUCAUCCUUCUUAAGACAAUCUGAUCUUAUACUUUAGUCCUACAAGCUGUACAAACGCAUCACAAUAGCUACAUGUAAAGGCAGUGCAGGAGCCCCCGUCUGUGUUCACAGUGGGGUGUAAACAGUUGUUUCACUGCUACAUACUGAGAUAUUAUAUGGCCUGCUUCCUCUGCUUUUGCUGCAGGAUGAUUUCUUACAUUUUCCUGAAUGCCUAAAAAAAAAAACUCCAAGGAAAGAAAAACAUCUAAUUUGUAGCUUGCAAGCCACCCAAUUCAUGUGUGUAAUUGUAUUGUAAAAUUGUAUUCCCAAUUCAGUUGUGGAAUUGGAGGGUGUGGCCCAAGCUUUUUACACAAGACACAGCAUGGCUCAAAACCAGAACACUGACAACUUUUGAAGUGAUUGUAAGUGACACGUUAGCUAUAAAUAGUUUAUUUACACAUCCAGUAGGCGUGGGGUAACAUUAGCAUGGUUGGUGCUAGAAUGGAUGGUUUUGGGGGGAGGAACACUGCUUUGAUUGGUUAUAUGAUCGUGCAAGGCAAUGCAAGA